AGGAAAUGUGAUUUUGGACUGAGAAUCUCGGAAUAGAGCCUGCUGAGGGAUUUCUUUCCCUUGAAAGAAAGAAGAGGGAGGAAAAACGUCUUGGAUACGGUUGAGUUCUUCACCAGAGUGGUUCCAACAUGGAGAGACCCAACUCACGUGGGCCUGAAGCAGGACCUGGGGGCAGUGGGGAAUCCUGGGAAAGAACCAGACAUGAGUCCCUGAGUGUGGACCUUGACAGCUCGGACACACAGCGCCAGCGCUUCAGGCAGUCCUCCUACCAAGAGGGUGAAGGACCCAGAGGGGUUUGCAGUCAUCUCCACGAUCUGUGCCGCCAGUGGCUGAAGCCAGAGCAGCACACCAAGGCCGAGGUGCUGGACCUGGUGACCCUGGAGCAGUUCCUGAGCAUCCUGCCCCCAGAGAUGGGGAGCUGGGUCCGAGAGUGUGGGGCAGAGACCUGUUCCCAGGCGGUGGCCCUGGCGGAAGGCUUCCUCCUGAGUCGGGCCGAGGACAAGGAGCAGGAAGGACAGGCCCAUAAUAAUAACUCCAUGGAAGUCCCUGCACCAGAGGAAUCUCCACCAAACACCACCCAGAGUCUCAGGCAGAAGGAGCUGAAGCGGGAAGGAGACGGGGCUGCCGCCUUGCAGGGGUCUGGAAUGAUGCUGUUGCCGAAUCCUCAGUCGUUUCUCCCCCUUUGCGAUGGAGUGGGACUGAGUCAGGGCCCAAUCGCCUUUGAGGACGUGGCUGUGGAUUUUUCCCUGGAGGAGUGGGUUCUCCUGAAUCCUGACCAGAAAGCCUUGCACAAGCAGAUCAUGGAGGAGAUGAAUGGGAUUGUGGACUCUCUUGUAGAUAACGGAGAGAAGAGCCAUGUAUGCACCAAGUACAGGAAGCAUUUUGGAUACAACUGGGGCUUUCGUCGACACCAGCAAGGCCACAGAGAAGAUGGAGGUUCUGCCAGAGAAAGGCCCAACAAAUGCAAUGUAUGUGGGCAGUGUUUUACCCAAAACGUGGCACUUGUGCUUCACAAGACACUUGAUGUUGGGAAAAGCCAUCUUAAAGGGAAAGUAUCUGCAAAAUGUUUGGUGAAACACAAGAAAUUUCACACAGGUCAGGAACCAUACAGAUGCCAAGAGUGUGGGAAGUGUUUUGCUUCCAGUUCAGCCUUCGUGAGGCUCAAAAGACUCCAUGCAGGAGAGAAGCCGUAUCAAUGCCAGGAGUGUGGGAAAUGUUUUACCUCCAGUUCACACUUGGUGAGCCACAAAAGACUCCACACAGGAGAGAAGCCACACCAAUGCCAGGAGUGUGGGAAAUGUUUUGCUGAUAGUUCAGACUUGGUGAGCCACAAAAGACGCAACAGAGGAGAGAAGCCACACCAAUGCCAGGAGUGUGGGAAAUGUUUUACCUCCAGUUCACACUUGGUGAGCCAGAAAAGACGCAACAGAGGAGAGAAGCCACACCAAUGCCAGGAAUGUGGGAAAUGUUUUGCUUACAGUUCAGACUUGGCGAGGCACAAAAGACUCCACACAGGAGAGAAGCCAUACCAAUGCCAGGAGUGUGGGAAAGGUUUUACUGACAGUUCAGCCUUGGUGAGCCUUAAAAGACUCCACACCAGAGAGAAGCCAUACAAAUGUGAGGAGUGUGGGAAAUGUACUGCUUCCAGUUCAGACUUGGUGAAACACAAAAGACUCCACACAGGAGAGAAACCAUACCAAUGCCAGGAGUGUGGGAAAUGUUUUGCUUCCAGUUCAAACUUGGUGAAACACAAAAGACUCCACACAGGAGAGAAGCCAUACCAAUGCCAGGAGUGUGGGAAAUGUUUUGCUUCCAGUUCAACCUUGGUGAAACACAAAAGACUCCACACAGGAGAGAAGCCAUACCAAUGCCAGGAGUGUAAGAAAUGUUUUGCUGACAGUUCAACCUUGGUGAGCCACAAAAGACUCCACACAGGAGAGAAGCCAUACCAAUGUCAGGAGUGUAAGAAAUGUUUUGCUGACAGUUCAACCUUGGUGAGCCACAAAAGACUCCACACAGGAGAGAAGCCAUACCAAUGCCAGGAGUGUGGGAAAUGUUUUGCUUCCAGUUCAACCUUGGUGAAACACAAAAGACUCCACACAGGAGAGAAGCCAUACCAAUGUCAGGAGUGUAAGAAAUGUUUUGCUGACAGUUCAACCUUGGUGAAACACAAAAGACACCACACAGGAGAGAAGCCAUACAAAUGUGAGGAGUGUGGGAAAUGUUUUGCUUUCAGUUCAGCCUUGGUGAAACACAAAAGACUCCACACAGGAGAGAAGCCAUAUCAAUGCCAGGAGUGUGGGAAAUGUUUUGCUGACAGUUCAACCUUGGUGAAACACAAAAGACUCCACACAGGAGAGAAGCCAUACCAAUGCCAGGAGUGUGGGAAAUGUUUUGCUUCCAGUUCAACCUUGGUGAAACACAAAAGACUCCACACAGGAGAGAAGCCAUACCAAUGUCAGGAGUGUAAGAAAUGUUUUGCUGACAGUUCAACCUUGGUGAGCCACAAAAGACUCCACACAGGAGAGAAGCCAUACCAAUGCCAGGAGUGUGGGAAAUGUUUUGCUUACAGUUCAGACUUGGUCAGGCACAAAAGACUCCACACAGGAGAGAAGCCUUACAAAUGCCAUGAAUGUGGAAAAUGUUUUACUCGGACUUCAUACCUUAACCAACACCAGAGAACACAUACAGAUCAGGAAGCAUACAGAUGCCAAGACUGUGGGAAGUGUUUUGCUUCCAGUUCACAAUUGGUGAGGCACAAAAGAUGUCACACAGGAGAGAAGCCGUAUCAAUGCCAGGAGUGUGGGAAGUGUUUUGCUGACAGUUCAGCCUUGGUGAGCCACAAAAGACGCCACACAGGAGAGAAACCAUACCAAUGCCAGGAGUGUGGGAAAUGUUUUGCUUCCAGUUCAGACUUGGUGAGCCACAAAAGACUCCACACAGGAGAGAAGCCAUACCAAUGCCAGGAGUGUGGGAAAUGUUUUGCUUACAGUUCAGACUUGGUGAGCCACAAAAGACUCCACACAGGAGAGAAACCAUACCAAUGCCAGGAAUGUGUGAAAUGUUUUGCUUCCAGUUCAGACUUGGUGAAACACAAAAGACACCACACAGGAGAGAAGCCAUACAAAUGUGAGGAGUGUGGGAAAUGUUUUGCUUUCAGUUCAGCCUUGGUGAGCCACAUAAGAAUCCACACUGGGGAGAAGCCAUACAAAUGUGAGGAGUGUGGGAAAUGUUUUGCUCAGAGUUCAAACUUGGUGAUUCACAAAAGAAUCCACACAGGAGAAAAGCCAUACAAAUGUGAGGAGUGUGGGAAAUGUUUCACUACUAGUUCAGACUUGGUGAAACACAAAAGACUCCACACAGGAGAGAAGCCAUACCAAUGCCAGGAGUGUGGGAAAUGUUUUGCUUCCAGUUCAACUUUGGCGAGCCACAAAAGACUCCACACAAGACUCCACACAGGAGAGAAGCAAUACCAAUGCCAGGAGUGUGGCAAGUGUUUUGCUUCCCGUUCAGCCUUGGUGAAACAAAAGACUCCACACAGGAGAGAAACCAUACAAAUGCCAUGAAUGUGAAAAAUGUUCACAUUCCCUUCAUCCCUUAACCAGCACCAGAGAACACAUCCAGGCUAAAAAACAGCCGUUGUGGGUAAAUGUCUGAUUUCAAACAGGACCCUUUGAGAAGUUCUGCAUCAGAUUUGGUGGAGUCCCCAUUCUUGUCAUUUGAAUCUGUAAAUUACAGGUCCUGGAGCAGAAAGCAAGCUGUGUGUGAUAAUCCUUCAGAGCAGUGGUCCUCAACCCAUGGGUCCCCAGAUGCUUUGGCCUUUAACUCCCAUAAAUCCUAACAGCUGGUAAAGUGCUCGGGAUUUCUGGGAGUUGUAGGCCAAAACACCUGGGGACCCACAGGUUGAGAACCACUGCUUCAGAGGGUUAAAUAUGAUUGUCUUGUCACCUCGUCUGAUAAGAAAUAAACGAUAUAUAAUUCCAUUCGUUAUUGUUGUAGCCCAGCCUCCACCUGAGCUGUCAGGUGAAUCUGUGGUUGGGCUUGUUCAGCAAGUGAUUGUCUCUGCACCUGCCUUGCCAGAGGUGCAGCCAGAGAUUUGUGUAUGUAUUGUUUUUGUGUAGUUUUAAAUUUGUAAAAAGUUAAAGGUUUCCCCUGACGUUAAGUCCAGUCAUGUCUGACUCUGGGGUGUGGUGUUCAUCUCCAUUUCUAAGCCGAAGAGCCGGCGUUGUCCAUAGACACAGCCAAGGUCAUGUGGCCAGUGGCAUGACUGCAUGGAGCGCCGUUACCUUCCUGCCGGAGCGGUACCUAUUGAUCUACUCACAUUGGCAUGUUUUCGAACGGCUAGGUUGGCAGGAGCUGGAGCUAACAUCGGCCGCUCACACCGCUCCCGGGGCUUGAACCUGGGACCUUUCGCUCUGCAGCUCAGUGCUUUAACGCACUUUGCUACCGGGGCUCCCUUUAAAUUUGUACUUAUAGUUUAAAGCUAACUGACAGUUUGUAUGUGUCUGUAAUGUAACAUAUAAUCCAGUAGUCCAGUAAUGCAAGAGUUAACUACAUAGAAUAGAGAUUGAUGGCUAGAGGGAAACAGUGGAAGGUUUCUUAUAGUAAUAGGACAUUUGUCAUGCAAUGGAAUGUGGGAGGUAUUAGACAGUGCUUCCCAUGAGGUGUUCUGAGAAGGUCGGACACGCAAAUGCUGAGGUCCGGCAGAUUGUGUAAGUAUUGUACAGAACUGCAAUAAAAUAGAAGCCGCUGGUUUCAGCGGACAGCUGGGAGGUCUGGAUGAUUAAUUUCCAUGCGACUGAGCAGUUUUGCCAGAUUGUGGGGGAGAGGUAAAUUGAGACCAGGAAGUGAUUGAGUCUCAAUUGAACAAUUUCCUAACAUGGGUUACGGGCUAUCCAGUGACACUCGUCUGCACAGAUAAGGCUAAUGAAGUAAUUAGCUGCAGCAAAAAGAGCAAGAUUUACUGCUGGUGGUAACCCUGGACUCCAGAAGGAAGCAGAAGAAGUGACUGCCAUCCAGCUACUGAAAUAGAGAAAAAAAGUAGCAAUCAGGUUUAAACUCAGCUACUGAGGGUCACAGAGUAGCAGUCCUUGAGAGUCUGUUGGAUUUGCAGUGUCUCCUAGCAGGCUGAAAAGGGGCCUGGGAGAGAAAAAGCAGAGAUGGCCAGUGGAAGUUUUUUAAACGUUAUAGAUAAACUCUCAGAUUCAAAUUAUAGCCAAUGGGCUAUAAUGAUGGAGAGUUUACUGGCAAAAAAGGACUUGAGAGAACUAUAACUGGCGCUGAUGCUGAUCAGGACAGAGAUAAGGCUAAAGCCACAAUCAUAUUGUGCCUUCAACCCAAUCAGCUGGUGCAUGUGAGAAACAAAGUUUCCGCUAGAGUGUGGGAUUCUCUUAAAGCGAUGCAUCAGAGGGAAUCCUGUAUUUCACAGCUGAUAUGGACUAAGAGACUGUACAAUACUAAGCUAAAGAAGGGCCAGGAUGUUAGAGGGCACAUAGAUUUGAUGAAGCAUCUUUUUGUUGAAGCAGAGGUGCAUGGAGUUGAAUUUUCAGAGGCUCAGAAAUGCUUUGUACUACUGGCAAGUCUAUCAGAUGAGUGGGACUAUCUGAUCCAGUCGUUCCAAAGUUUGAGCGUCCAGGAUUUGUCGCUGGACUUGGUUUGUUGUAGAGUCCUCGAGGAGCUGGACAAACAAAAGUGUGAGAAAAGUCCCAGAAGCAAGAGCAGCAGGAGUGUAUCCAGGAGAGGCGCAAGAGAUGGACUUCCAACCAGAUGGUGAUGGUGAGAACCAAGAGACAUCUGUGUAUGGAGUCAAGACAAAGAAUUGUUAUUCCUGUGGGUGAGAAGGCCAUAUCGCCAGGAAUUGUCCAGGUGCCAAGAGGCCUUUCAGAGGGAGAUAUUCUUAUGGGAAAGGUGGAGGUGCAAAAUCAACAACAACUGAGUCCCAU